AUUUCCGCGUUCUUCAGGGAAAUAUGCUACAAUUCUAGAAAUACACAUAGAGCCCAUCUAGAAAGAGUAUAUGAUAUCAUUUUAGAACCAUGUUUGGCGAAUAAAUCCCACUAUGUCCGUGGCACCCAAAACAGUCUAUCUACAGUACAUGUCCAAUACCACGAUCACUCCAAUCUCGCUAUUCCAGACUUUUUUUCCGGGCUUGGAUACGUCCUGGCCCACUUCCAUCCAUGCCAGUCGUCUCACGAUCUGAAAUCCCUCACCCAACUCCUCAGCCAAUAUUCCGAGUGGUGCCGUAUUUCUGCAACCCUACUCGAGGUGAACCCGCCUACAGUCGUCCAGCUUCUCUGGUCCAUUAAAGGUCGCAGAUUCAGUUUUGCGUCAAGCGUAUCGGCCGGGAAAGGCGACGGACGUGACGAAAUUCGGGAGGAACGCGUCAAGUCGCUCGAGGCCGUCUGGCCUGAGCCUUUGAUGACCCCGACUCCCGUGCAGCAGCAGCAUGCACUGGCAGGGACGUACAAGGUGGUGGAUUCAUCUACGGAAAUUUUUGGUACACCAUGGGGGCACUGUGGCGAAAGUCUAUCCUUUGCUUCACUCUUUGAAGCAAUCCAUAACGCGUCUCCACUUGCCACUCUCGCGUUGAGUGUUAAAUCUAUGAACUCUAUGAUUCCAGGGACGAAUAUCGUUCCCGUUCAAGUCAUACCGCAUCUCAAUCGCAUGUGCGAUAUUGUCGAGGUCCUUCGUGUUUCUGGAUCAUUACGCCCGAUGUGUCUUAACUGCCAACAUUUGGCAAAAGGGAGAGUCGACGACUACGCGCACCAUUUUAUGGCAAAAGAUUAUUGCAUCCACACUACGAUAUAA